AUAAAAAAGUAGAGAAGGAAAAGGAAAAAAGAUGUGAUUUUUUUUGUCAAAGAAGAGACAAGUGAUUUGAGUUUCGAAACACCCGUUCGUUCGUGUGGCGGAUAAUUUGAUUUGUUGUUGUUCUAAGCCGAAUGUGUGGGGUUUUCCCAAGAAAAUUGUCAACGCAAUCAAAGAAAAGCAAAAAAAUAAAAAAAAAACUUGGCAAAUGUGCCAAAAACAAUACGAAAUUUUCACACACCAGCCAAGUGAAAAGUGAGCAGAUUUUCGUUUUAAUUUCAAAGUGUGACCAAAUGACAUUAAACGCGUGGUUGUGAAAACUAGACAAAAAAAAUUUUGAUUAAUUAAUAAAAAUUUAAAAAAAAGACAGUGCCCCACAUAAAAAAAAAACAAAAAUUAUGAAGUGAUUUUUUUUUUCAAAAAUAAAUUCUUGCAAAUCAAACCAUGUCUUCCUCGUUAAAAAUUAAUACUCCAAAUCUAAGCAUUCCCACGAUGAAAUCAUUGAAAAUGUUCCAUGAUAUUGCACCACCAGCCACACCACCCUAUACCCCAGGACCCCUGUGUGGCAGCCAGACCUCCAAGGAUUCCACUUAUGACACCACAUGUAUGUCCAACUCUUCGCUGAACUGCAAUCUCAUGUCACCUCCCUUGAGCGCCGCCAAGGCCCAGGAUCAUUUCCAUGCUUCCAUGUGCCACCUGAAAUCCUACAACAGUGGUUGUGGUUACAGUGACUUUUCCACAGCCGAUGUGAAUUUUCCCGAUUUUUCCCACAUCACUUUUUCCAAUGCCGAAACACCAACUUCAAUUUAUGGCAGCAGUUGCGGCACUGGAAAUGGCCUACAAUUUGAGGCCCAACCACCGUCCAUCAAUUAUGAUGAUGAAGAUCCAACCUUAAAAAGGCAUUCCAUGGGUAGUUGUUAUGAGGAGGAUGUGAAAUAUGAAUCCGCAAAUGCCCCUGUGAUCCACACACCCCAUUCGAGCUUCAAUCGUGAAGAUGUCUUUCGUUUUGAGCCCGAGGAUAUUGCCCGCCUAACGGAGAAUUGCCAGUUUGAGGAGGGUACAGGAGAGGGCAGUUCCCAUAUGAUGGUGCCUCAGACUCCGUUUACGCCCCAGACUCCUUAUACACCAUAUCCUGCCACUUAUAUGUCGUUUACACCCAGCAGCAGUGGGCAGCAACAGCAAAUGGAAUAUCAUCAAGCUGGGGGCGUAUACCAACAAGAACCCCAAACCUCGGCCCAGGCCUUGGCCCAGCAACAGCAACAACAACAAAUGGCAGAAUGUCCUGGCUACAAUCUAGACAUUGAAUAUUAUAACUAUGAUGAAAUCAAUUGUCAAUCCAAAGAACAAAGUCCUUGUUCCUCACCCCCGCUUGAUCCUUGGAUGUCCUUGAAUUUAAACGAAAAUCCCCAGCAGCCAGCCAGGCAAGAGUCUCCGAAAAUCAUCAACACCAGCUAUGAGGCUACCAACUACCAACCCUCCUAUGAGCCAAGUAUUAAACAGGAACAUCCCCAGAAACUACCCUCCAUGAUGUCCACCUUUGGCACGCCUAAAUAUGAACCCUUGAACAGUUUCAGCUACAAUGAAUAUGAAAUGUCCCAGCAAAGAUCCAAUCAUGUCUAUAGUCCUCCAAGCCAGAAUCAUUGCAAUGGUACAACGCACAACUACACCCCCUCUUCGGGUUACAACAACUUCAAUGCUCUGACCGAGGAUUUUGAAAACUGCAACAUGUUGAAUCUGGAAAAACCCAAUCGCGAUCACAAGGUGAUUUGGACCAUCGACGAAUUGGAUGAAAUCAAUGAUUUUACAAAUCCCCAAAUGAUGAUGGCCAACCAGCAAAAUAGCUACUUCAAUCAAAGUAUCGAACGUACCGAUGAAGAGGAAGAAGAGGAGGAGGAGGAGGGCCUCGAACAUUAUGGUGAAAUUUUGGGCCAUGAGGUGGAGGAAGAAGUUUUUGCCGCCGCCGCCACCCUUGAUGACAACGAUGAAGUAUUUCUGGUGGAAAAACCCAAAACUGUAAAACAGAGACGUAAACGCUCCUCCAAUUGCCGUUCUACAACAGCGAGCAAUCAAAUUGUGCCCUGCGAGGAAGCCUUGGUAGAUUUUGUUCAAGGACCCAUGGUCUGCCUGUGGACCGAUUGCAAUGAAGAGUUCCCCAAUCAGGCGGAAUUUGUCUGCCACAUCGAAAAGAAACAUGUCGAUGUUAAGAGGGGUGAAGAUUUUUCCUGCUUUUGGGUAGAUUGUCCGCGACGUUAUAAACCUUUCAAUGCCCGCUAUAAGCUGCUGAUACAUAUGCGUGUGCACAGUGGUGAAAAACCCAAUAAAUGUCCGUUCCCCGGUUGCAAUAAGGCCUUCUCUCGUUUGGAAAACUUGAAAAUCCAUCAACGUUCACAUACCGGUGAACGUCCCUAUGGCUGUCAAUACAAAGGAUGUCUGAAGGCUUUCAGCAAUAGCUCUGACAGGGCAAAACAUCAGAGAACACAUUAUGAUACGAAACCCUAUGCCUGCCAGUUGCCCGGCUGUACGAAACGUUACACCGACCCCUCCAGCUUGCGUAAGCAUGUGAAAAAUCAUGCCCUACGCAAUGCCAAUGGUCACUUGGGUCGUAGGAAAUCAACAACGGCUGCGGCGGCCAAGAAAACCACAGCAACAACAAAAACUCGUCGCCAUUCGGAAUCAUCGUUGAUGCAAACAAAACCUUUGGGAAAAACUAAAAUCCCGGCAAAGCCUUUAAACAAUGCAGUGGCAAAGCCAAGAAGCAAUAGUUGCAGUGAAAUGUCUUUGGCCAACACUAAUUAUCAGGAAAAACAAAAGAUAAAUAUGUACAAUACAACAGCAACGACCAGUACAAAUUUGCAACAACAACAAAAUAUGCUCAACGACCCUCAAUUGCAAUUGGCCACAACAAUAGCAGCAGCUAAUCGCAAUUCAAUGAACUUUAAUGAGUUGUCCAAUUGUUUGGUCAACAUUGAGCAGCAUAACCGAGCCGAAGAUGGGGGUGUGGAGUUCGCCGCUGUUGCCACAUAUAAUUUGAGUUGUGCCACAAAUCGUCGCAACAGCAGUGACAGUGUGAUUAGCAAUAGCAGCAAUGGCAGCCAUCUAAGCAAUGCCAGUAUUCAACAAAUCAAUGAAUUCCAACAAAUGUUGCAACAGCAGCAACAGCAACAACAACAACACCAUGCAACAUCAAAUGGUCAACAGCAAAAUGAGAAGCAAACAAAUCUGGUUGAAACAACAGCAUGUGAUAUGUUACAGAGUGCCACAAAUUCGUUUAGUGGCCAACAACAACAACAGGAGUCUCAAUCGGCAACAACACCGAACAUUGAAACAACCAUCGCCAAUUCCUGUGAGUCUAACUCGACCGAUGAAGCCGAAUAUGUUUCAUUCGAGUAUGUUAAAAAGUUGCUAUGCGAAACCUUUGAUUGCAUGGACACAGAUCGUCCUGAUGAAAGCAAUUCCAACAAUAACAAAACAUCAAACCGUGACGUCACCACAUCAUUAACGUCAACAGCAACAACUGCUGCUGAUGUUGUUACGGCAACCAGUGCGGCGGCUACAAUUGGGGCUAGUAUCGUUGUCAUUAGUGGGGAAAAACAAAAGCCCAUUACACCAACAACUUCGGCCACGACAGCAACAGCUAAUGAAAUUGUUGUCGCCAAUGUUGGUAGCCAUGGAAAUCUACAAUCAAUCUGUGCCCCGCACGAUGAUGAUGAUGAUGAUGAUGAUCAUGAAUUUGCCAAACAUUUUGAUAUGGAUUAUUUGGAGAGUUUUAUGUAAAUGUUUGUGGAUUUUUUUACAAAAGACAGGAAAAAAAGACAAAAAGAAAAUAACAUCAAGGAAAAACAAAAAAAUGUAAAUAAUUUAGCUUAAAAAAGAAAACUACUUGUAAAACCAAAGACAACCGACAAGACACAGCUUCAAACCAAAGACCUUUAGAUUUUUUAAUGAAUUUUGAAAAAAAAAAAAAUAUUUUUCACCAAAGACAUAAGUCAUUAAUACUAACCCUUGUGCUAUGG